UCCUUCAGUCUGUCGCAACUUUCUUCUUUGUUUCUCGCGCAAAGUUCUGAUGGGCCCGAAAGACCCGCUCCGAGCCGGACCUGAACCCGGCGGGAGCGCGGACUAAAGCAGAUUCCUGCAACUGGCUGGAGUCCGGGUUCUGGGUCGGGCCGAUCCGGACCGGGACCAGGAGCACAGUCCGGAUCAGGGUCCGGGUCAUGGGUCUGUAGAGACUCGCGGGGUUUUCCCGCCAGCUGAGGAGUUCUGGUCCAGGAUCGAUCCGGGAUGGCCGCGUUCCAGCUGCUGAUGCUCGCGCUCUGGACUUUUGGACACGCCAAGAGCGCGUUCACGAUGCGAUCCUCUUACAGCCUGUAUAGCGGCGGGAACGCGCAAGCUAACAGACAGCACGCCAACAGACACAGGAACUGGUGUGCGUUUGUGGUCACAAAAACGGUGAGCUGUGUCGUGGAGGACGGAGUGGAAACAUUUGUGAAACCUGAGUAUCAUCCCUGCAGCUGGGGAAGCACACAGUGCAGCCGGGGGCUGGUGUAUCGAACGUACAUGCGGCCACGUUAUAAAAUCACCUACAAGAUGGUGACGGAGAUGGAGUGGAGGUGUUGCCAUGGUUACAGUGGUGAAGACUGUCUCAGAGCCGGACCACAGACCUCCACCUCAGGACUCCAGCCAGGGUCCAGAGGAGGAGGAGGAGGAGCCAACAGACGAUCAGAGAAUGAUCAGAUGAGGCAGAUGGAGGAGAAGAUCCAGAGUCUGAACCGGAACCUUCAGGACCUUCAAUCCGUCCUGAACACAUUGACUGAACGUGUCCAGGAGGACACUGUCAAACCUGGACUCGGCGGCUCAGGGACGGCUAGAAGCCCAAAUCCAGCAGACGCUGCCCAGCCAGAGAUCAAGGAGACCAUCCACAGCAUUCAGACCAAGCUGGACCAGCUGGACAACCGCACACAGGUUCACGAUGAAAAGCUGGUGAGCAUCAACAACCACCUGGAGAAUGGGAAAGGAACCGAGCCGGGUGGAGCAGGAGGAGGACUGGAUGGAGGGAGGCUGACCCUGCUGAAGGAGGAGAUCCUGAAGGAGCUGGAGCGCCGCGUGUCUCUGUCCUGCUCCUCCUGCCAGGCCGGUGUGGAGGACUUGCUGAGGCAGCAGCAGCAGGACCGGGACCGGAUCCGAGCUCUGGAGAAGCAGCUGAACGAUCUGGACUCCCGGACCCAUCAGAACCUGGACGGGCUGCGGAGAGACGUGGGCCAGUCUCAGGACUGCUGCCGCGACGCCAUUGACCUCCGGGGUCGCGUUGCAGAUGCCGAGCGCAAAAUCAGCUCCGCCUCCGAGGACCUGGACGUCCUGCGGGACCGCCUGGACCGGCGGCCGUGGGGAGCCGCCAGGGCGGACGGGGACGGGACCGGCACCGCCGGGGAGGACAUCCACACCAACGGCGGCACCGGGACGAGCCCGGUCCUGGAGAACCGCCUGGAGGACCUGAGGAACCUGCUGCUGGACCGCUUCGAGGACCAGAACUUCAGGAUCGCUGACGUGGAGCUGGAGGUGGAGCUGCUGAGGGACUCCGUCCGCCGACACAACUCCACCCUCACCGCCCUGGACGGCUCCGCCUCCAGCUCCGCCCACAGGCUGGACCAGUGCUGUGGGGGAGGAGAAAGAGCAGGAGAAGGAGGAGCAGGGGAAGGAAGAGGAGGGGAAGGAGGAGGAGGAGCAGGAGGAGCAUCAGGAGGUGGAGGGGGGGACAGCCUGACGGAGAAGUCUCUGGAGUGGAGGGUGGUGGCCAACGAGGACCAGAUCCGCCACUUCAGCACCCGACUCCAAGACCUGUCAGUGUCCGGAGACUCUCUCUACCACAAGGUGCUGGACCUCAGUGAGGACGUGGGUCAGAUGCGGGCGGAGGUGUCUGGCCGGGGGGGGACGGAGGUGGAGCAGAACGGAGGACUGUGUGGAAAACUGGACAUGGAGCUGCGCCGGCUGAAGAACCGGUCCCAGGAGGUCCUGGACCAGCUCCAGAGGGACGUGAGCCAGAUCCGGGUCCGACUGGACUCCCAGUCCGACUGCACACACACCUGCUCCCGCCUGCAGGGGGAGCUCCACCUGCUACGACUCCACCUGCAGCGCUGCAUGGGCCGGUGUGAGGACCAGCAGGCCACGCCCACAGCCUCCAGUGGUUCUGGUGGAACUGGUGGACCUGGUGGUUCUGAUGGACCUGGUGGACCUGGUGGUUCUGAUGGACCUGGUGGUUCUGGUGGACCCGGUGGUUCUGGUGGACCUGCCUCUGGUACGGGGCCCCAGAAGCCUCUGGACGGCCACAGUGUGCUGGGAGUCUCGGUCAGCAGCAGCCGGCUGGAGACGCUGCAGGCCGAGCUGACCGAGGUCCUCCUCACCUUCAGCUCCAUCAACGACACCCUGAAGGGAAUCGAACACACUGUCCACAAGCACGAUAGCGUUCUCACCGACCUGGGGAACACCAAAGACAAGAUCAUCUCUGAGCUGGACAAGAUCCAGCAGGAGGUGAUGGAGCACCAGGAGGACAGCCGGGACCGGAUGGACCGGGCCGACCGGGACCUGCGCUGGCUGGAGCGCUCCCUGCUGGUGGAGACGGGCGAGUGCAGGAAGUCCGGGGACGGGCUGGAGAAGAGGCUGUCCAAGCUGGAGGGUGUGUGUGGCCGGCUGGACGGAGUGUCCGAGUCCGUCCUCAAGGUCCGAGAAGGGCUCAGUCGCCACAUGUCCGGUCUCUGGACAUGUGUCUCUGGGGUCAAUGAGACGAUGGCCCAUCAUGAUGAGAUCCUGCACGGCCUCCAGAAGCAGCAGGACGACGUCAUUGGCAGGAUGAAGAACCUCAACUCCAGUCUGAGCCAGGUCCUCAGAGACCUGCGGGGCCUCAGGGGUCAGGAGCAGCCUGGCCAACCAGGACCUCAAGGGCCUCCUGGAGAGAGAGGCUUCAGUGGCCCCCCAGGGCCUCCUGGAAUUCAAGGAGAAAGUGGACCCCAAGGACUUCCUGGACCUCCUGGUGUGGAUGCUCAUGUACCCAGACUGUCCUUCUCGGCGGCGCUCACGGUGCCGAUGGACCGAGCCGGAACCAUUGUCUUCGACAAGACCUUCGUCAACCAGGGAGGCUUCUACGACCAGAGGACAGGUGUCUUCACCGCUCCUGUGGACGGACAUUACUUCUUCAGCGCUGUCCUGACUGGCCAUAGGAAUGAGAAACUGGAAGCGGUCCUCUCCAAGUCCAACUACGGCAUGGCCCGGGUGGACUCGGGAGGGUACCAGCCCGAGGGUCUGGAGAACAACCCGGUGGCCGAGGCCAAGGCGCCGCCUGGCUCGCUGGCUGUCUUCAGCAUCGUGCUGCCGCUGCAGGCUGGAGACACGGUGUGCGUCGACCUGGUGAUGGGGAAGCUGGCGCACUCUGUGGAGCCGCUCACCGUCUUCAACGGCGUCCUGCUGUACCAGGACCUGUGAGGGACGGGGGUCCUCCCCCAGGACCCGGCCCUGAAUGUCUCAGUUGGUUGCUCGCUUUGACCCGGAGGAG